AUGUCGCAUCUGCUCACCUCACCUGACAUCACUCCUCCACCCUCCUCCAUACAUCCGCCUCACACCUUUCAAUGCCACAUGCUAUCGCCGUCGCUGCCGCCCUCACUGCCGCCGUCGCCACCACCACCCCCACAAGCACCACAUGCACGCAUCACCACGAACUCCACAUUCACACUUGCCUCGCCACACAUUCGGUGGUCGCAGUCGGACGACAAGCCGCACACCACACCACCACCGCUACCACCACCUCCUCCAGCCACCCACACCGCUUGGUCGUGUCACGAAGACGUGAGCACUUCAUGA